UGGAUGCUAAACCUUUCGUCGUUAAGGGUUGAUGCAAUGUUGUUUGUUUUUUACAGAUCUCUUGUCUGAAAGAGAAGUGAGCGAUCGGCAAGUGUCAAGUGUGUAAGACGAUACUUGACGUGAAUCAAUGCUACCGGAUUUGCCUCACGCAAAACUGGCUAUAUCAAUAUUUAAGUAGACUUUUUGACAGGUGACUUAUUAAUGCAAACGAGCCUUGUUUGGUUUGCAGAGAGCGAAUUCUACACGUUGUGAUUCUAGGAAAGUGGAUUGACUUCCAGCCGACUGGAUCUUCUUUCGCCGGUAGUCCCUUGGGAUUCGACUCCGAGUGAAACCGGGCGAUCGGCGAUUUCAAUAAUUUUUGACGAGAACAAUACCUCAUACGCAGCGAGCAGAGAACGGAGGCAGUGGAGCGAGCUGCAAUGAUUAAUUUAAAUCAUGUCAUGUCAUCGAGAUCUCUCGAUUAUUAUCAUGAAAUUCGAUUAUAGUAACACACCAUUCUGGAGGGAAUAGAGGCAUAACACGCGAGCUGUACCGGAGAGAAGGCCGACGUGAAAGCCGACACUAAGUCGCGAGAAGCCACGAGCAUCCUUUUAGAAGCUUAGUUGUUUUGUCUGCUUAAUAAACCUCAACAAUUUGCAGGAAGGAAGAAACGUUUUCGCCGCGAGUGGUGAGUUUGCAUAUCAUUGAAGUGUCAAUUAACGUUGUUUUCAGCGCACGGUGGUGGAAGUGAAAAGGUCUUACCGACCUACAUAUCUGACUCGGAAGAAAAAAAGUAAGUGUUUAGAGGACCUCAGUGUGGAGUGAACUUCUUGGGUUUCGUGUGGCAGUUCAAUUCACAAGCACCCCUCUCGAGUUCAUACACAAAACAUGCCGCGAGCAACAAGAUAGAUCUACUGUCUGUCGACUGACGGUGAAGCACGACACUCUUUAGGAUAUGAUCAGCCUGUUUUCUUGUCGCCCACUGAGAUCACGAACGAAUGGUGAAGGGGCCGACCGAGACUACCAGCGAGUGGAUUUCACUGUUCACACACCAACUUACUCCGUGAAAUACCUCGGCUCGCAGAAGUUGUGCAGCCCUGGUUAUGCGGAAAUUUGUGACACGGUAAAAUCUAUUUACGUUGCGGAGAAACAAAAACUGAAAAAAGUGGAUCAUUAUUCGUUGAAGUUAACGAAAGAGGAGCUCUCCUUACGUGAUAGGGACAGCACGGAGGAUGAAGAGAAGGUGUUUCUUCUUCGAAGAAUACGAUUCACCGGCGUUUGCAAGGCUCAUCAGCGAGUCUUUUUCUUCACCUAUCAGUUUGGAUCGAAGUCAGAAUACGUAGAAUGCAAUGUCGUAUUGUGUAAGAGCAACAACGAAGCGAAGAGCUUAGCGAAGGUUAUAUCAAAGGCUUUUGCGGACGCGCGGAGUGAUUUGCACCAUCAAGAGGUGGCCAGUAGAAAGCUUCAUGCAGAAGGGUUAAGCGAAACCAGUAUGUCACAUCUUCAUGUUGAUGUGAUCUCAAACGUCGAAGCUAACAGACAGUAUUAUAACAUGAGUGCGUUCAAGAAUUCUCGUAGCAACUCUGCCGCCAGCGCGAUUUCGGAUUUUCGCUCAAAGAGUCGGACCUCCGACAAACAUAAACAGAGCAAUCAGUCUUGCCAUUUGGGGGCGAGUAUCGAGUGGGAGAGGACGGAGAGUUCGCUAGAUACGAGAACGACCGAUGCAGAGAAGACUUCAACGAGUGGCGAGACAUUUGGAUGUAUUUGCGAGAAGGAUUCGCUUCUUAAAGUUGAUCUGCCCGAACAAACGGCAGUGGAUAGUCACGAACACACCGAGGAGAUAAACGGUGAAAUUGUUCACGAGAAAGAGCUUCUCUCUGACUUAGACCUACAGCUUAUUUCACAGAGCGGUUCGACUCUGGCAGAAGAGAAUGACGUCGAUGACGCGACCGAGCAAGACUGCAGUGGGAGUAGUGACUGGUCAAUGGUUCCCGUUCUUCAAGAGACCUCGAUUUAAAACGACGUAGUUUAGUCUUGGAUUAUUUCUAAUGAUUCAUGAUGUCAAAAUAGUCUUGUGGCGGUUAGUUUUGAAUAAUACUCGUCGGAAGGCGCCAAGUGGUAAUUUUGGCAAGAUAAGCGCUUGCUAUGAGAUAAACAACAUCGAUUGUAUACAAUCGUCACGUACCAUGACGCGAAUGGAACCCAAAAAUCAAAUUAUACAAGAAGGUUUGACCGGUCGGCUUCAUGUUUGGUGGUAUUUACGAUCCAAAUGACUAGCGAAGAGAACGUCAGACCGCAUAUUACUUUAUUAUGCUCUUAAGUUCGCCUCUUAACGCCGUGAACAAUGGAGUACAAAACAGAUUACAGAUAUGCAAACAUUCGUGUGUUAAUCUGUCAUGCCUGAACGAAUGUUAGACUAAAUGCUACAGCUUUUUUGAGGGCAAUCGUGAAUCGCUUUUGCGAAUCUCCGCGUUUGGAGUGAGUCAAUUUCAAUUUUGUCAAGAGCACUUUAUCAUGGAGAGAGUCAUUAGGCGAAUUUCUCGAACGAAUUGUGCGCCGAAAACAUUGAAUUGUUUUUCAAUCGGCCGGUUCUUGUGUGCUCAAAUCAUUUAUUCAAGAGUUAUUGUCAAUAAAUGCAAAUAUGAUCGAAA